AUGCCGCGCUCCUUCCUGGUGGACUCGCUGGUGCUGCGCGAGAGCGGCGGCGGCGGCGGCGGCGACAAGAAGGGCGGCGGGAGCGGCGGCGGCAGCUCGCCGGGCAGCCCGCCGCCUCCGCCGCUCUUCCCGUACGCCGUGCACCCGUCGCACCCGCUGCACGGGCUGUCCUCCGGCGGCGCCUGCCCGGCGGCUCCGGGCGCCACGUCGGCGGCGCGCAAGGCCGGCCUGCUGUGCGUGUGCCCGCUGUGCGUGGCCGCCGCUUCGCAGCUGCACCCGCCGCCGCCGCCGCCGGCCCUGCCGCUCCUCAAGGCGUCCUUCCCGCCCUUCGGCUCCCAGUACUGCCCGUCGCCCCUCGCCGCCCGGCAGCCUCCCGGAGGCUCCGCCGCGGCGCCCGCCCUCUACCAGAACGCCUACCCCCUGCCCGACCCGCGGCACUUCCACUGCAUCUCGGUCGACAGCACAUCAGGCCAGCUGCCCAGCAGCAAACGGAUGCGCACGGCUUUCACCAGCACACAACUCCUGGAGCUGGAACGUGAGUUCGCCUCCAACAUGUACCUGUCACGGCUAAGGCGCAUUGAGAUUGCCACCUACUUGAACCUCUCUGAGAAGCAGGUGAAGAUCUGGUUCCAGAACCGCCGUGUCAAACACAAGAAGGAAGGCAAGAGUAGCUCCCACCGCUCCGGCUCGGGUUCUGGGGCGCACAGCUGCAAGUGUGCCUCCCUUUCUGCAGUGGUCAAGUGCACAGAAGAUGAUGAGGACUUGCCUAUGUCUCCUUCCUCCUCGGGCAAAGAUGAGAGAGACCUUGAUGUCACCCCUUAA